CUUCUUCUUUUAUUUUUUUUAUUUUUAAAUUAUAAUUGGACUAUUUCUGUGCUUCUGGAAAUCAACUUAGAAGCUACCAUUCUUCUCUUCCUGUACGAUAAAAAUGAUAUUUCACCUUAAACUCUCCAGGGAAGUAAUCUACAAGCAGGAGUAUGGCUCAACUCAUCCAGAUCCUUGCGGUGGUAUUUUUCUAUGCAGCAAGUUCUUGGGCGGCAUCGGAUCCUAGCAAUCACUUUGCAAAGUGCACUGAAGUUAUCAGCUUCUACCAACAGGAUCUCUUCUUCCCAACACCCGGGCUGAAUGCCACCACCGCGAUUGCUCUUCCAGGCACGAACAACGCCACCAUGUUUGCCCAGGUGGCCAUCCUUGACGACAAGCUCACACAAGCCCCCUCGAUGGACUCCAAGCUCGUGGGGAGAGCCAAGGGAAUGCUAGUGUUUGAUUCUCUCAGCAACAUCAGCCUCCUCACGAGCCUGACCGUGGAGCUCGAGGGGCGAGAUGGAAACAUCAAUCUCCUGGGCCAGAGCCGCGCGCUGGAGCCGCAGAGGGAGCUUUCAAUCGUGGGCGGAAGUGGGGAGUUUCGAUUUGUCCAAGGGUUCGCAACGCUGCGAACGUAUUCGCUGGAGCCUUACGGCUCCAAGAUCUUCUUCCAGUUGUAUGUGAUCAAACUGUGGGAGUGCUUGAUCAAAUCCCAGGUGUAGUGACCGAGAUCUCCUCGAAUAAAAAGUUUCAGCUGAAUUGGCAGCACUCCCAGCAUC